AUGAUCAAACUGCGGACACAGGUAAUCACGACCAUGGAGUCAAACCUGAAGUGCAUAGAGGAGGAAAACAAGAAACCAUUAACACACAAAGACCCCCCUCUGAGACCCAGCUGUCUACAGAUGCAGCAGCAGGAGGCGCUGUCGGAGCAGAACUUUGACGCCUACGUGACCACGCUCACAGACAUGUACGCCAACCAAGACCAGUACCACACUCCAGAAAACAAAGUCCUGCUAGAAAAUAUCAAACAAGCCGUUCAAGGGAUCCAGAGUCCGGCCCUCAGAGUCCGGCCCUCAGAGUCCGGUCCUCCGAGUCCGGCCCUCAGAGUCCGGUCCUCCGAGUCCGGUCCUCCGAGUCCGGUCCUCCGAGUCCGGCCCUCAGAGUCCGGCCCUCAGAGUCCGGCCCUCAGAGUCCGGCCCUCAGAGUCCGGCCCUCAGAGUCCGGCCCUCAGAGUCCGGCCCUCAGAGUCCGGCCCUCAGAGUCCGGCCCUCAGAGUCCGGCCCUCAGAGUCCGGUCCUGAUCCUGAAUCCACAGACAUCAGACACUUCCUUCUAUAA